GCGUCACGUCGUACGGGGUGGGAGGUCAAGUCUGGUUUCCUCGGCUACCGCCGUCGGCUUGGCGUUUGGUGUGCGCGCUCUGCAGCCAUGGGGGUUCCGCCUGGCCUGCAGACAGAUUGCGAGGCGUUACUCAGCCGUUUCCAGGAGACGGACAGCGUGCGGUUCGAGGACUUCACGGAGCUAUGGAGGAGCAUGAAGUUCGGGACCAUCUUCUGUGGUAGAAUGAGAAAUUUAGAAAAGAACAUGUUUACAAAAGAAGCUUUAGCUUUGGCUUGGAGAUAUUUUUUACCUCCUUACACCUUCCAGAUCAGAGUUGGUGCUUUGUAUCUGCUGUAUGGGUUAUAUAACACCCAAUUGUGUCAACCAAAACAAAAGAUUAGAGUUGCCCUGAAGGAUUGGGAUGAAGUUUUAAAAUUUCAGCAAGAUUUGAUAAAUGCACAACAUUUUGAUGCAGCUUAUAUUUUUAGGAAGCUACGAAUAGAUAAUGCAUUUUACUUUACAGCGAUGCCCAAAUUGCUGUCAUAUAGAAUGAAGAAAAAAAUUCAAAGAGCUGAAGUUACAGAAGAAUUUAAGGACCCGAAUGAUCGUGUAAUGAAACUUAUCACUUCUGAUGUAUUAGAGGUAAAUUUCAAAAAGGAUCCAUCCUUAAAAUCUAAAGUCAAAGAUGGAGAAGAAAAGAGGGAAGGAAAUUUACAAGAAUCAGAGAGAUGUGAAAGGGCAGAAUCAUUAGCAAAAAUAAAAUCAAGAGCAUUUUCAAUUGUUGCUCAGGCGUCUAAGUCAAGAAGGCAUCGUCAAGUCAAACUUGACUCUUCUGAUUCUGAUUCUGCAUCUGGCCAAGGGCAGAUCAAAGCAAGUAGAAAAAAAAGGAACAAAGAAACAUUAAAAUCAGCAGGAAGGAAGAUGUCUUCCAGAAACAGAGAUGACAAGCAGAAUGUACACAAGAAAGAUAAAAUUUUAAAUCUGAGUAUGCCUGUAAUUACAGAAGAGGAAGAGGAGAAUGAAAGUUUUAAUGAAACAGAAUUCACUGCACCCAAGAGGAAAAGAAAAUGCAGAACAAAGAGACUGGUGUAGAGCUUUCAUUUUGAGCUUUCUGACAGAAGAAAAGAUUUACAUGUUAUGUGUUGAAAAGGAAGACUGCCUGUGUUAAAAAUAAUUCAUCUGUGCAACUGUAGGUUAUUUCUUUGAAAUAGCAAUACUUUAACAUAGUUCUAGAAUAAAAGUACAAACAAUGAGAAUAAGAAUAUACUUCAAAAUUUAAUUGUAACAUUUUCUUUUAGGAAAUGCACAUAAAUGGAGAUAAAAUUUGAUUUAGAAUGUAAUAGAAAUAAUACUAUUUUCAGAUUAUUACUAUUUCCUAAAAGGUUUUGUUAUACUAUUACUGCAGUUCUGAUAUUAAUUAUUCUAUUUAAAAUAUUUUUUCUUGAAAUAUUAAUGCUUAUUACAUGUAAAUGACAAAUCGUUUUUUAUCUACAGUCUGGUGAUAGAUGUGUGGUUAAGUGCAAUGACGUUUUUGCCUUGUUUGCUUUACUUUUUAAUAUAUGAAACUUACGUGGUUAGUAACUUAUGUGAUUGGUAACUUAGGAAGCUCAAUUUCUACUUACACCAUGAAUUAAAUACUCUUUGGUGCUUGUUUUAAAGCUCCCUUUGGUCUAACAUUUAUGUAUGUAUACAUGUAUGUGUAUAGGUAUAGCAAUGCAUGUGUCCGCAUAUACAUACAUCUAUCAUGAUUAGUCAAUACACAAAACACUUGAAUAUUGAAGUCCUGUGUCACCUUUUCUGCACAGGUUCAUUUCAAUUUUCAGUAUUUCAAACAGUGCUGUGAUGUGACCUUUGUGCAUAUUGUUUGGUUCACGUAUGUUGAUUAAAUUGUAUAAAUUUACACAUGAAUAGAUUUGUCAAAUAGUGUGUUCAUGUGCAAUUUUGUUAAUCAUUGUCAAAUUGGGCUCCAAUAGACCACCAGUCUACAUUCCUAUUAACAGUAUUUGUGAGGGACUCUCUAUACCUCCCUUAUACUUGUUAUCAGUCUUUGUAACUGUUGUCAAUUGAGUACCACCUGAAUCUUAGCAGAAAAUGUAGGUAAAUAAAAGUAACAGAGUUGUACUCAGCAGAUGUGAGUUGCUAUGUCAUUGUAUCUGACAGUUGCAGUGCUUUAGCUGAAUAGAAAGUUUUUGUGAAUAUAUUGUGAAUAUAAGGUGGGAAUCACUUGAUAAAGUUGUUUUAAACAUGAAGAUGAAGCUUAUUGAACAAAGUCCAGAUAGAAAUGUUUGUGUUUAUAGUGGAUUUUCAGAAUUAAAAUGUAUUGAAAUACAAGCUCCUUAUUAAAUUAAGCCAUUUGUAUUGUCAACUUGAUUAUAACAAAUAGCUGCAUCAAGUCAUAAAUACAUGAUUGUAAUGUUAAAUGUUUACCAAGUUAAUGUUUUGUGAGGAAAGAGGGAAUGUGCAGUGUUCAUAACCACAAUGUGUAUUUUAAAACCAUACCACUUUCAGAAAUUUUAAUAUAGAAAGUAAUGUUCAGAGUUGAAAAUUGGAAUUAUAGUAGUUUUAGUGUUAUAUACCAUGUUUAUAUGAAGUCUGAAUAAACAAGCCAUGAAUAAGAGAAGUGGAACAUAAAAAGGAGCUGAUUAGGGGAAUAUUUUUCACUUUAAAAUGAAGUGAAAAUAUUUUAUAAUUUAUAAUUUUAUAAUUACAUAUUUUUAUAUAUAAUUUAUUUCUUACAAUAAAAUUACCCUGGAAAUGUGCAGCUUUCUGUGAGAAAUCAUAAUGUCUUGUCUUCAUUUUCUUUGAUGGUACUGUUUGGGGUUUAUGUUGCUGUAAGCACACCUUAGAUCCCAUCUGGGUUUAUAAUGUCUCAAUGCCUCAGAGAUUUUCUAAACUGUGAGUGGAUAUAUUCAAAGUGGAGAAACAUUCCCAAUCUCUUCAACACCCAAUUAAAUUGCUUAUUCCCUGAUAUAGAUACAAUUGUACCAUCUGCAAGGUAUUUUCUACUAACAAAAGAGAUAAUGAAGCAACUUUUAGGCAAAGACUUUGUCUUCUAUAGGGAUUUCCAGUGCAGUGAUAUAAUAGGGAAAUGCUUUAAAAACCCAUUUAUCUAAAUGGUUUGAAUACUUGUAAUAUUCUGACCUAGAAACUAGAAAGUCAAAAUUUUGUAUCCUUGUUCUGCCAUUAUGUAUCCUAAAAAAUUCAUUUCUUUUUGUUUAAAUCCUUUUCUCAGCUGUCAAUGCAAGAUAAUACAGAACUAUUUUACUAACUUGUGAAAAAAUAUUAAGAACUGCAUAGUGCUUUGAAAAUGUGAGGGCUAUGAAUGCUAAACUUCAAAGUAAUUACGGCUGGAAAGUGUAAACUUUUAUAAAGUACUUGGAUGCCAAGAAAACCAGAGUGAUUAGUGCUUAAUGUGGUGAUUUGUGAAGUGAUUGUAAGUCAUAAUAAUUGAAAGCUGAUGUGUUUACACAGAUCUUCAGAUUGAUAUGAGAUAGCACUCUCCUGGCUCAAAUGACGAUUUAAUGAGUGUCUUUAAUGGUUUGUUUCCUUUUUUCUAUUUGAAUUAACUAUACAAUAUAUAUCCUCUUCCCAGUGGCCUAUUUUGGUUAUGUCAAAAAGAGAUUUCAUCUGUAUUUAAAGAGAGAAAAUAUAUUUAAUUGAUGUAUCUUUAAAAAUGAAAAAAAAUGAACUUAAUGUAAUAGGGGGAGUCUAGUAACCACAAUGUUGUUCAAGUAAUUGAACAUUAACGAUGUCAACAACAAAAAAAAGGUUUUUAUUUAAAAAAAAAAACUUUAUGAGCUGAAAAUCACUUUAGCUUUGAUGUCAAGAGCCUAGGAAAACAGAGUUAUUUUUACCCUGGUUCCUGAAUUAAAUUACAUAUUGAAGAAUGCUUGCUUUUUAAUGGCAAUAAGAGGACUUUGUGGGUGCUUAACUAUUCACAUUUUCAUUUAACUUUUGAACAACUAUGUAGUAAUUUUCACUGAACAUUUAAAAAAUUUUCUUUAUUAAAGUAAAUGCAAAAGCUUCAGGCUGUA